UUUUCUUUUUCUUGUCAAAUUAUGGAACCAAGGAGCAAUGUCACUUACUUUGUCCUCUUGGGUCUCACACAGGAUCCAAAGGAACAGAACAUCCUUAUGGUUGUGUUCUUGCUUUUCUAUAUUUUGACCAUGGUAGGCAAUUUGCUCAUUGUCAUGACUAUAAGUGUCAGUAAGACCCUGGACUCUCCUAUGUACUUUUUUCUGGCUAGCUUAUCAUUUAUGGAUGUCAUUUAUUCCUCUUCUAUUUCCCCUAGAUUGAUUUCAGACUUGUUCUUUGGGGAAAACACCAUAUCCUUCCAAUCUUGUAUGACCCAGUUAUUUACAGAGCACUUUUUUGGUGGGUCAGAAGUAUUCCUUCUGCUGGCAAUGGCCUAUGACCGCUAUGUGGCCAUCUGUAAGCCCUUGCAUUAUUUGGUUAUCAUGAGGCAAUGGGUGUGUGCUGUGCUGCUGGUAGGGUCCUGGGUUGGGGGUUUCCUGCAUUCAGUAAUUCAAGUUAGCAUGAUUUAUGGGCUCCCAUUCUGUGGUCCCAAUGUCAUUGAUCAUUUUUUGUGUGACAUGUACCCCUUACUGAAACUCGUCUGUACUGACACAUAUGCCAUUGGCCUGCUAGUGGUGGCCAAUGGAGGACUGAUCUGCACGAUUGUGUUUGUGCUCUUGCUCACCUCUUAUGGUGUCAUCCUGCACUCUCUAAAGAACCUUAGUCCGGAAGGGAGGCGGAAAGCCCUCCAGACCUGUGGUUCCCAUAUCACUGUGGUGGUCUUCUUCUUUGUCCCAUGUAUUUUCAUGUAUGCAAGACCAGCUAAGACCUUCCCCAUUGACAAGUCAUUGAGUGUGUUUUAUACAGUCAUAACCCCCAUGCUGAACCCACUGAUCUACACUCUGCGGAAUUCUGAGAUGACAAGUGCUAUGAAGCAACUCUGGAGGAGGAAGGUCAUCUCUCUUAGUAGAUAA